AUGUCACUGGUACAAUAUUCCGAUUCAGAGCCAGAGUCGGAGUCCAGAGAAUUGCCCCCAUGCAAGAAACCUCGCCAUGACCCGAAACCAGGGUCAUCGCUGCCGCCCCUGCCUGCAGCGUUCCACGACCUCUAUGCUUCCAGCACACGCGUAAGCGUGCAAGAUGACCCCAGUCUUCAUGGCGGUCGAAAACGCGCGAUCCCGCAUGUAGAAGGCAACUGGCCGACACAUCUGUACCUCGAAUGGUACCCUGCAAAAGAGGAUCUGUCGCUCCUUACAGAACUUAUCGCCCAUGCUGAGACGUCACUGGAUCAGAACGCGCCCAGCGUUCAUAGUUUGUUGCAUAGUGAUCUCGGUGCUCAGCUGCCGCUUCACAUUAGCCUGUCUCGGCCGGUGGUCCUUCGCACUGAGCAACGUGCACCGUUUACUGAGUUGCUGCAGAAAGCUAUCCAUGACUCGCAUAUCUCACCGUUUGAAAUACUACCCGAUACUCUGGACUGGGCAUCUAACUAUGACGAAACACGGUGGUUUCUUGUCCUGCGUGUUCAGAAACCAGCAAAUGAUGGUCUGAAUGGCCUGCUGAAUCUAUCAAAUACCGCCCUUGCUCGCUUUGGCCAACCGCCUCUCUACGCGGCCUCCUCGCAUAAGAAUAGUCAAAAUCGCGCCUUGCCGCGUGGAGACAAAGGUUCUACACUAUUAGGAGACUAUUCAAACUGUUUCCAUAUCUCACUUGCUUGGAGUCUGUCCAGGCCUAGCGCGAAAGACCGCGAGUUGGUCGCCGGUAUAGACUUGCGAGCGUUGCGAGAAAGAAGGAUCGCGUUUGAUAGUGUCAAGGCUAAGAUGGGAAAUAACGUGGUUAGUAUCCCAUUAGAAAAGGAGUUCUAA